CAGCGGCAAGUCAAUAAAUUUUUGUGUCAUCGCCUGGAUCUUGGCUGAAAUAUUUCAAUCUUGAACUAACCCGGCCUUUGGUACACUUCAUAGAUUGACAGCAGAUGAUAUUUACUUGUAUGUUCCAGGUGUGUAGUAGAGUGACCUUGACCGUCUAACAUCCGGCCGACCAGAAUGCACUUCGAUGACCUGAUGAAACUGCUGGGAGAGUUCGGGCUCUACCAGCGGGUUCGCUUCUUCCUCAUCUGUCUCUUCUCCAUCGUGUCGGCGUGGCACGCCUUCAACAUGGUCUUCAUUGGGGCCACGCCCAGCUUCCACUGUGACGUCAGUAGCUACAACCUGAGCGGCACGCCCCUGGAGAACCUCAGCCUCCCUGAGAGGAACUCCCUGCUGCUCCCCCCCAAGUCCUCGUGCCGGCAGUUUGAUGUCCUGAGUCUGUUGAACGGCAGCCUGGCAGAGUUUACAGGCCACGAUGCCAGCCCUGUCGCUCUCUACUCGAACACGUCCAGGCGGCAGAUCGAGUGCCAGCAUGGGUAUCAAUAUUCUAAGGAGGAAUACAGCUCCACCCUAACGUCAGAGUUUGAUUUGGUGUGUGAUAGAAAAUUCUGGAUUCCAACAUCGAAAUCAGUUUUUUUUGCCGGCAGACUCUGUGGGGCUUUUGUGUUUGGUCAGCUAUCUGACAGAUUCGGACGCCGGCCUAUGUUCUUCGUGGGUUGUCUGCUCCUGCUAGUAGCAGGCACAAUUGCUUCCCUUGCACCAAAUAUUUUCGUCUUUUUACCCAUGUAUUUUUGUCAGGGUGCUGCCCAUACAGGGGCGUUUUUAGUGGCUUAUACACUGUCAACAGAACUUGUCGGGCCACGGUACCGUGUUGUUGCUGGAUUUGUCAGUCAAGGAUUCUACAGUAUAGGGUACAUAACUCUAGCGGGACUUGCUUACUUUAUCCGAGAGUGGCGCUACCUUGAGAUGACCAUCACACUACCUGUUCUCUUGUUUGGUUUCUAUUGGUGGUUUCUCCCAGAGUCCAUCAGAUGGCAGAUGUCCCACGGGCGAGAGGCCCAGGCUGAGGAGACCAUCAGACGGGCGGCCCGACAGAACGGGGUCACGCUGGGCAGCGACGUCUUCAAGACCCUGCAGGACGACCCUUCGCUCAAGGCCGGCAGACAGUACUACAUCCUAGACUGUGUCCGUACGUGGAAGAUGGCCAAACUCUCCUUUAACAUUUGGUUUAACUGGUUUGUCAAUGCCCUUGUUUAUUACGGCUUGUCCUUGAACACGGAAAAUCUAGCAGGAAACCCGUACAUGAAUUUCUGUCUGGCCGGAGCAGUAGAGAUACCUGCUUACGUCAUCUGUAUUUUAAUCUUAAACAAGGUGGGUCGUCGCUGGCCACUCAUACUGUCCAUGUACAUCGGUGGGGUGGCGUGUAUCUUGUCUGGGUGUCUUCCUACAGAGGAGAGCAGUACUAUAGAAACUGUGUCUGUAGUUCUUGCAAUGUUAGGAAAGUUUGGAAUUACGGCUUCCUACGCUAUUAUAUACCUGAUGGCGGCUGAGCUUUUUCCUACUGUAAUAAGAAAUAUUGGCAUGGGCGUGGCUUCAAUGUCUGCCCGUAUUGGUGGCAUUCUGGCACCGGUGUUCCUGGAUCUGCAGACGAUAUCCAAACCGUUCCCACUGAUCGUGUUCGGGAGUCUGUCCCUUCUGGCCGGGUCUCUGGCCAUUCUCCUGCCUGAGACGGCAGGAAAACCGUUGCCACAGUUACCAGAAGACGUGGACACGUCAGAAACUUGCACCGAUGCAUUAUGCUGCAGAGGGAAAGAGAAAUACAAACUGGACACAGAACUUCAACAAAAAAUCUAGCUCCAAGCCAAGUCGUGUCAAAGUCAGGUCCAAGUCAUGUCCAAGUCAGGUCCAAGUCACAUCUAAACCGCUUUCAGUCACGUGCCCGUCACACUAAUGGCCCGCCCCCGGGGUCGCUGUACAUACUAUUUGUGACUUGCAGUGUUACCCCAACCUUUGACCUUUUCUAACAACCCUCAGUCUAAAGUGGCCAGUCACAUGACUGUUGCAGGAUCAACUUUCCAAGUCAUUUUUGUUGCAUAGCAACAGCAAAUUUAAAUCAUUCUAUAAAACCUUGAUCAAAUGACAUUUAUAAGGACUUAACUUGUGCUAAAUAACUUUAAAGAUUCAUAGUAGCUUAUCUCCCCUUGUACAUUGGUUAUUAGGACUGUAUAAAAAACAAAGUAGCCUACAUCAAUGGCACAUGGGCUGAGAUAGUUUGGGGAACUUCAUUUUUGAUAGCUUGAUUUGAAAGUGUAUUGCCCGCAUCAUUAUUUAUUUCAUUGUUUGUUCUUUCAAUUUGUUCUCUCUUACAAUAUAAAAAUGUCACAGUACCACAAGAUGCCAGGUGAUGCUUAACUUCAACUGUUGCAAUAUUUCACGACCCCAUUUAUUGUCACAUUCAUCUUGUGAGUAGUUUCUCUUGUUUCUGGCCUUAUAAAAAAACUCAAUUUCAAUUCGACAUAAGUUACAUUGAUGAUUAAUGUGUUCCAAUGGAGGUUGAACAGUUCUGUGCAAGUCAGACUACUAUCAAAAGACAGAUGGCAAUAUACUACAUGUAACUGUUAGCUUAUGAAGUCUUGGAGACAUAUGUGCUCAUGCACAAAAUACCCAAUAAUAUCUUGGUUCAGUUAAAUACAUUUAUGUAGGUACUACCAGAACAUUUUUAAAUUCUGCAGGAACAAUCUGAUUGGUGUCAUUAUUUGCCUAAUGUUCAUUAUAGAUAUGUAUGCACGUAAUAUUUAAAUAUUUUAAAUAAUCAGAUUAUUUUUAUAAAAGUAUUAAACAUAAUUAUAUCAAGGAACUUGUGUGCCUUUAUAGAAAGAGACUAUUUUUUUUACAUGAUCAGCUUUGAUGUAAUGAUACAAUAUUGUUGUUAAAUAUACUGCAGGCUCUUUUAGCUACAUGUU